AUGCGCACUACUGCUCAGCUUCUGCUUUUACUAUUGCUGUUCGCUUCAACGCUCGCCAAACCGCUUCUCGGUCGAAUCGUCGGCGAUGAGGAGGCGAAAAUUCAGAAAAUCAUACAUGACAAAGAGAAACAACUCGAAGUUCUUCGCGAGGAGCGAGUUAUUCUCGAAGAAGUUGUCGAGAAUCUCAGUCGCGAAAUCGAGGAGACCGAGGAUCGCGUCGAACAACUCAAAUCGAUAUCCGAUAGCGAUGUGGUGCAGAAUUUUGUGCAGAACUACCGCGAUAGCCACUCGUUUCUACCGCAAUCCUCACAAUUUCGUCCCGGUUAA